AUGGAGGCUAUGACUGUAAGGGAGAUAACGCCUGACGCUGUCGAGAUCGCUGCGGCCAACUCCACACUUACGCCUGAUCAGUCUCUGAGAUAUAUCGACUUAAGCUUCAAGACUACUGAUGGUGCUACAGCCGCAUUCAUUGGUCUUCUGGACUCGGGGGCAAUGAUGCACGCCUGCUCUCCUCAAGGGUUUAACCGCCUCACGAGGGCCGGGGUAAGCAUCGAGAAUACUGGUCGGCAGUGUUGUGCUACCUUAGCCGCAGGGUCAAAAGUCCUGGGUUGUUCAAUCUUCCGUCUGAAACAUGUGCAUAAGCACUUGGAGUUCCCAACUGAGAUCGUCUUAAUCCCCAACUUGAACAGGGAUUUCCUCUGGAGUACCUCGGUUUUUAGAUCGUACUCUCUACCUACAGUCUGGAUAUUCGACUCAGCCGGGGACCGCUUACUCAGUCUCGUUGGCAAGCCUACUGCUGUUCAAGCCGCUUGGCGAGGGUUCCUACAGUCCCUGAAUGAGGCGGCUGGACAGUCUGUGGGUAUACCUGACAGUGCUGCAACCACGGACUCUACUCUCUCGAAGGACUUGUCCACUCUCUCUGUCGGGCUCGAUGAUGGUGCUCCCGAUUGUUCUAAGGAGUUCCUCGAGAUCGCAUUCUCGGAUGCCCGACCAUUAGUCGUCGCAGAUCCACCAUCUGAGAUCACAUCUGCGGUUACAUCGGAGGGCCCUCUGAAUCUCUCGUGUCCUUCCCGAUUCGGUCAUCUUAUCCGGUGGAUCGGCCGUCGACCUUCAAACGACUUCCGACCCUUCCUGGCCAAAGCACGCUCUUUGGCAGCACGCUUACAGGCUCAGAAUUUGUACGAGGUCUACGACAAUGAAAUUCAAAAUUUUCUGAAGAAUGGUUACAUACGGCCUACUACUAUCG